GGAUGGAUGAAUCCGAUUGGAUUUUAUUUUAUAUUUCUGAGGUUUCUCUAAGAAUUUGAGUGUUGUGUGAUAAAAAAAGAAUUUUUGUUUAAGUGCAAUAUGAUUGACGGUGAUAAUAAAACACUUUGGUGUGGAAAUUUACCGGAGCAAGCUACAGAAGAAAUACUAUACGAGUUGUUUUUGCAGGCUGGUCCACUAGAAAAGGUCAGAAUAGCAAGAGACAAAGAUGGAAGGCAGAAAAACUUCGCCUUCAUAACAUACUCUCACGAAGUGUCAGUGCCCUACGCCCUGAACUUGUUUCGUGGUACAGCAUUGUUCCACAGAACACUGUCAUUGCAAUGUAGAGGGCAUGUGGCACUGCUGCCACCCCCGAUAAGAUGUUUUGGUCCUGACCCAUCUGUGGAUUUCCAACCUCAGAGUAAUGUGGUACAACAGUUUGCUGAUAUGACUGAUAGACUGAAAGAGGACGAUUACCGAGCAGUACAGAUGCCGCGACAAAUUCAUGACUUGAAUGACAAACUGGUAUUAGCCAGCUUGCAAGGUAACUGGACUCACAGGCAUCAUCCUUAUCGCCCUGAAAAAUCCCAUACCCGUGAGGAAUACAGACAUAAAGAAAGUCAUAAAGAUAAUUACAAAGGAAACAACCGUAAUAAGUUUUCUGGAAACUGGAGAGAUAGGAGAAAUCAUAAGAAAAAUUAUAACCAGAGAAGGGACUAAUGCAGAUGUUAGAAUUUUAGUUAAAAACUUUAGAAGUACUUUUAUGUUUUUAAAAUAUAUUUUUCACAAAUCUGAAUCUUAAUUUUGAAAGAUAUGAAAUGUUUUGAAAUGAAGUUUUACUUUAUUUUCAUAAACUGUUACUAUUAAAAGCAAUAAAAAACUGAGUAAACAACACCAGUGUUGCCUCAUUAGAGUUUCGUAGUCUUGGCAAAGAACCCUUACAGGCCAUCCAAGGUUUUCCUUGGAGACUGUAUUUGUAAUUUAGUGGAGGUAUGUAUUUCAAUCACGCUGACAAAGUGGUAGAAUAAAAUUUUGAAAAAUAUUUGUUUUAGGGCAGCCCUUACAUGUAACAUGGGGUUUAAUUUUUUUUCAUUGUCCACCCCAUUGUGUAGUCUCAUUGAAUAGGUC